GAACGCAGCAGCAGCUCGGUGACGGAGCCGCGGCAGAAAAGCGGCAGGAGCUGCCAGCAUCGUCUCAGACCGACGCAGACUCAAAGGUGUGGAAAUAUCAGCGCUGAAGCCCGUAUAGUUACUAAUCAAGGAGCUGUCGUCCUUUAAUCAUGAUAUCACACUCCGGACGUGACAAUCGUGUUGAUAUUUCUUCCCCUUUUGGCUGCUGUUGGUGCUAGGACAGCCUUACAUGUUUCUGCUACGUUAGCUCGUAAGGCGUUAGCAUUGAGCUGCUAGCUGUUGCUAUAGCGUUUUCAUUACUGCAGGUUAGCGUCAGCUAGCUCAUGUUAGCUCGCCGGUUAGCUUGUGGUGUCAUAGUUAUAAUUGGGAUGCUGUGUGGCUAACGAACACAGCGCUCUGUUUCAAAUCGCUGUUUUACUAAAACGGUGCCGUGUUUAACGGUGACGGGAGGUGUACCGGAGGCUGAACGUGCUGCUCUCUGACGUUUGACAGCUCCGUGUCCGGGGAGACAUGGACACACCGGGGAGGACAACACCGACCGCCUUGGACUUCACCGUGGAAAACGUAGAGAAGGUGAGAAAGUAUGUUUGGGUGUGUACAAGUGUGAGAAUGACAGCAGCUGUGAGCUCCAUCGCAGCUGCUAAUAAGAGAAGAUCUAUAUGCUGUAUUUCUAUGUUGGGAUGAUGUCAGUGUGUCUGCAGACAGACAUGAAACUCAUCCGUCCGGAGGUCUUUGAAUGUGUCCUGACUGAUGAACAGGUUGUGGCUCUGCAUAUAUCACACACAUUGCAUCACAUUUGUGUGUGUGUGUGUGUGUGUGUGUGUGUGUUGGGCAGGUUGCUGUGAUCUUCUCCCUGCUGGGCGGCCUCUGUCUCAGAGGAUGGGUGGGGUGGGAGACAAAGGGGAGGAUGGAGUGAGAGAAGGAGAGAGAGAGAGAAACUGGAGAGGGGGGUGAGGUUUGAUGCUGUGGUCUUUAGAGAGGAAGAACAAACACACUGCAGGUGGAUGAUCAGGUGCUUUUAUAUAGGUAUCCUGUAUGAUGUGUGUGUAUAUGUGUUCUGAUAGAGGUGAAUAUUGUGUGUGCUUGAGGUGGGGAGGGGGUUCAACAUUUCCUGACAUGAAUCACAUGACCUGAAGUGCAGUGACUGGGAUGUCCAUGAAUAAUUGAUGAAGCAGCGAAUCAGUUUAAGCAGAAAUAACUGAUCAAUAAUCGGAUCAGACUGUUGCACUGAGUUCAUGUUUAAUUUUUGUUGUUAAAACAGUGUAUAGAGUGAUACAAUAUAAUAAUAAAUACGCAACAAUGACAAGCUUACUCGUUGUUUUAGGCAUCAGAAUCGGUAUCAGCCAUGAUAUCUCAGGUCCAAUCCAACAGAUUUUGGUCUGCAUGGAGGUGAAACAGACUAAAAUAUAAUGAAGUCAGCCGUUCAAUAACUGAGUAGUUUAAUAAAUCAGACAUUUCCUCAGUAAACUGGGGCUUCAUCAUUGUGUUUUUGUAGCUGAGGGUGAAUUUUCUGAUUCAGCUGCAGCUUCGUCACUGAUGCCAUUAUGUCUUCAAAAGCAGACCACAUGUGACCCAUCUUCAGGCUGCAGGGGCUUCAUAUACAAGUGUCUAUGUAUAUAAUAGAUUUGUUACAGUAUCAGAUUUUCACCUCACGGCUACCUUGGCCCUAAGAUAACAUGAUGAUAUCAUCAGGGUUUUUAUGACACAAUCAGUAAACCAGAAGAAAGACAAGACAAGGGUGAAGCAAGACAUUAAUUAACCAAUGUGUUAUCAUCCACUUCUAUAUUUGUUGAUAUCUGUGAGUUAGAAACUUGUGUGAGAGGACACUACCUCAUUAAACAGUUGCUAAAAUUAGCUAGCUAGCAGCUGCUGCUUCUUCUUCAUUUCUCCUCACUUACAUGACAUGUGGCAACAGGUUAAAAGGACCGCUACUGUGAGCUUGCAGCAUUACUUUAUGCUUAGAUUUAUACACAGUGUUAAUUUUAUUGACAACAGGUACAAUGAUAAAUGUUCCAUGACAAAAACAAAACGACGAUGGACUGAAGUAGAUCACCAAUAACAGAAAAUUUGGAUGAAUUAGGGGCAGUAAAUGCAUACAUCUGGUGUAGAUAUAUCUACACCUAUAUCUGUGUAAAUAUACAUACGUCAGUGAUCAACAGUCAGACAUCUAUGAGUGAGUGUGUGCAUUUGUGUGUGAGUGGUAGUGCGAUGGUAGAGAUGAUGGUCCCUGGCCCAGCCUGUGUGUAGUGUGUCUGAAUGAAUGAAUGAAUGUGUGUGUGUGUGUGUGUGUGUGUGUGUGUGUGUGUCACAUAGAUAGGUCUUUGUUCAUUCAAGUAAACAAAGCAGCACACUGUCCUGUCAGUAUAAAUAUCUAUAUUGCUAUACAUCCUCGCUCUUGUCAGUCCAUCGGUCUGUUGUGUUUUCCCUCUCUGUGGCACCAUCAGGGUGUAACACUGUACAUUUAAAUAUUGAUGUGUUCAGGAUCUCCUGAUCCACAUGUUAUUGGUCAAUUUGUAAUUAAUCUGGAAUGUGCAAUUUGAGCCAAUCAUCUUACUCUAAUCAGGUAUGCUAGAGGACACUAGAGGUGGGAAUUGAUCAGAUUUUAUUGAUACAGUUGCUCUGAGAUGAAUGACCAAACAUCUGUAAACCAACUGACACACAACACAACAACAACAUGGAAAAAGAAAAAGACAUUGGUUUCUGUUUGACUGGAUUAUGCAGAGUCAGACCAGAUGAACCUUUCUGGACUACAACUUGAUGUUGUACAUCGCUCCUGUCCUCUGACCGCCAUAAUUACCUUCCCAUACGGCCUUCACUCUGACUGCCUCUUGCGAUGCAUCACAUUGUUUUGCAAGGCACACAGGACCAAAUGGAAGUCAUCGAUAUGGGAAUUGUUAUGCGUCAGGGCAAAUGGUGUUAAUGGCUUCAACUAGAUGGAACCAGUUCUCAUCUGGGACUGUUGUCUGAUUCUCAUCCCAGACCGUCACAGAGCGCACUUUGCAGCAGAACACAAACACAUGAGCAACUUAGUUUUCUUGGUUUAACUGGCCGACUUUCCUUUACAAAACACGUUGCGUUCGGUGGUCAAAGACCCAUUGGGGAUGUCAUUUUACAAGAAAUGCUUUUUUCCCUAACUUUUUAGGUUACUAGGGAAACCUAUUAAUCCAAAAGUAAGAAAGUGAGUUGAAGACUGUGUGUGGUCGCAGAGCUUCAGCCAGGUCAGCCAAGUUUAGAUUUUCUUCAAAAAGGUUAAAGAGAUGUUGAAGCUUGUUAGUGAGUCAUAUGAAUAACUGAAAGAGGCUUCGACCAGGUCUGUGUUGCUUUGAUUGCUUAGCUUUGAUUCAAGCUGAUAUGUAACUCUUGUAUUCAUGUUCAGUCAGACAACCUGCAGCCAUUCAGACAUUCAGAGUCUGUAAAGUCUGUUUCUGCUCAUUAAUGAUGGAGGGAUGUAGUGGAGGAAAACAGCUGAAUCUCUGAGAGGAUAAAGGCAUAGAAAGAGAACUUUGAUAAUAAAGUGAUCUCACACACACACACGCACUCACACGCACACACACACAUAUGCACACACAGUCAGCGCAGUGUGGUGGUGGAUAACAGAGGUCUGCUGUAAUGAUGAGUGUUUUUGAACUGAGAUUUCUCAGCCUGUGGAUCACAGGGCUGACUCACAGCCCAUCACUCUCACACUGUGCAGGUGGAGGUGAGGCUGAACGCAGGUUUGUACUGAUCAUCAUUAAACCCCGACUGUUCUUCAUCAUCAUCAUCAUCAUCAUCAUCACAGUGACAGAAUAAACCAGAGGGAGGAAAACAGGAGAUCAAUGAAGAAAGCUGUGGGAGGAAAGUGGAAGGAAGAGGAGGAAGGAUGGAGCAAGAGGGGAGUAUGAGGAGUAAUCUAGGAAGGAAUGGAGAGUUGAAAGGGGAAUUGUGAGGAGAGGAAAAGAAGACAGGGUGGGGGAAGGGGAGAAAGAGGAGAGGUAGAUAGAUCGAUGAAGGUGAAGGAAUGAGAAAAGAGGAAGGGGAUAGGAUUAAUAAAAGAAGAGAAGGGAGAAAAGAGGAUAGAGGGGGCAGAGGAAGGGGAAAUAAUAGGAAAGAGGAAAAAGGAAUGAGAAAAAGAUAGAGAAUCAGAAAAAGGAAGAAAAUUGUCAGAAGGAAGUAAGAAGAAGGAGGAUGAACAGAGGUAGAGAAAAGGAGAAAUAAGAAAGAGGAGAAGGAGAUAGGAAAGGAGACAUGGGGCAGACGCAGAUGGGAGCGAAAAAAGGGAGAAGCCGACCAAAAAAAGAAGAAGGCAGUAAAAAGGGGAGGAAGGUGAAGAAGGAGACAUGAUGGAGGAAAAAAGGGAAGGAAGGUGAAGAGAAGGACAUGACAGAGGAAGGUAUGGAAGCACACAGCACGAAAAGAAGAGGAGAAAAGCAAAUUGGAAGAAAGGGCAGAAAAGAAGGGUAAAAGAAAAGAGGAAAAGGAGACAGGACUGAAAGAGGAGGGGUUGAAAGGAAAGGGAGACAGGAGAGGAGAAGAAAGUUAAGGAAAUGGGGAGGAGAGAGGACAGAAAAAUAAGGGAAGGAAGGAAGGGAGAGAAAGAAACAGGUUGGAAUAAAGGAAGGGAGGUUAGGUGGAGAAGGAGACAGGACAGAGGUUAGAAUGAAAGAACAGUGUAGAAAGAGCGAGAGGGGAGAAAGAAAGGGGAGUGAAAGUGGAGAAGGAGAAAGGAUAGAGGGAAGAAGGGAAAAUAAGGUAAAGAAGGAGACAGGAGUGAGGGAGGAAAGGGAAGAAAAGAAGAAAAAGACAACAGAGGAGGGAAGGGAAGAGUGGAGAAGGAGAGAGGAAAAAGGAAAGGAAAGUGGAAGAAGGAGACAAGAUGUAGUUACAUCUCUAUGUGAUCAGAGAAAUUGGGUAUUUGAAGAAAACAUAUUAAAGUCGGAGGAAAAGAAGAGGAGGAAGGGUAAAGAAAACAUAAAUACUCUCUCUUUUUUUAAAUUUCUAUUUCUGUCUCUUUAGUUCUGCUCUUUCUUUAGCUUUCCUCAGGACGUCCAUCAGUUCUUACCUGGACUCCUUUUCUUACCUGUGACAGUCUUCCUCAUACUGAUGGACUCCUUCUCUUCCUCACCUGCAGGCUCUUCAUCAGCUCUACUAUGAUCCAAACAUCGAGAACAAGAACCUGGCCCAGAAGUGGCUCAUGCAGGCUCAGGUCUCACCUCAGGCUUGGCAGUUCUGCUGGGCCCUCUUAAGCCCAGAGAAGGUACAACACACAGAAACGCGCACGCACACACAGAAGCAAACAUUGGGCUGCACAGUGAAUGAAAUACAAACUGCAGAGAUGAUUUAGUUCAUGCUACAGUACAUGCAUAACUAACUAACCUCGAGAGGAGAUACUGGCAUCAAGUUUCAAACUUCUUCUCUCAGAUGGAAAGUUGUUCAAAACCUUUGAAAAGUCAGACAGAGAAUUUGAUCCCCUUCGUCCGUGCCCACAGUUUACUAUGUAGAGUCUCAGUUAAAGAUCAUUAUCAGCCUCAAUGGACUCACAUAAACAUAUACUGACACAGAAACUCACUCUUCAUCACUCCACCUUCUCCUCUCUCUCAGGUUCCAGAGAUCCAGUACUUUGGGGCGAGCGCUCUGCACACAAAGAUUUCUCGGUACUGGUCUGACAUCCCGUCAGAUCAGUAUGAGUCCCUGAAAACCCAGCUCUUCUCUCAGAUCGCCUGUUUCUCCACGGGCUCCAAAAUGGUUCUGACUCGACUCUGCGUGGCGCUCGCCUCUCUGGCGCUCAACACAAUGCCAGAUGCGUGGCCGGGCGCUGUGGCAGAGAUGGUGCGAGUGUUCCAGGAGGAGGGGGGAGGGGUGGACGGACGGGCUCGCUGUCUCGCACUGCUGGAGCUGCUCACUGUCCUGCCAGAGGAGUUCCAGACCAGCAGACUGCCCCAGUACAAGAAGGGACAGGUAAAUAUACAACCCCCUUUACCAGAGCAGGUAGGACAGUGGUUCCUAAACCUUUUCUGCCUUACUUGUGGGAUGAAGUAAUUCUGUGCCCCUCUCUCCACCCAACACAGUGGUGACACAAAGGGACUAUGUGAAUUUGUCAACCACCAAUUUUAUGAACACUUAUUUUCCUUCUCUUUUGGAAACAAAACUUUUUUUCGCUAAACGAAGAUGAUUAAAAGACAUUUUUCAUCUUCAUCCAUCAAAACACUUCUUUUGUGACAUUUACAUCUGCGUAUAACACUGUGUACUUUUUCUAAAAACAAAGGGAACUUUAAAAAUAAUUGCAUCUCGCUGCUGCAAAAACCAACCCAGUUUAAGUUUAACAAAGCAAUUUGUGACAUCUGGCACAGGAUUUUCAUAAAGCAUUGAAUUUUCUCAUAAAUAUAUCAAAUUAGGUUAAAAAAAGGAACCACUUUUCAACAAAAGAAACUUCUCUGUUUAGAUUUAAAGCUUCUGUGAGCAGAUUUUUUUGUUUAUGACAGAAAUUGAAAUUUUGGAUUUUCAAACUACACAUAAAACAACAGGGGAUCUCUGUGCUUCAGCUGGCAAUAUCAAACCGAUGUGUCUCAGAAUAUGAUGAGAAAGUCACAGCAAAAAAUAAAGAAAUACCCUUUAAGUACUCAGUCAAUACCGCAAUUCUGAUAUGAUAUACACAUACAGAUGUUUCAACACCACAGGUGCUUUCCUCAUAGUAAACAGAGUUAUGAGUGAAUGACAGUUUUAAAUAGUCUGCCCACAUCAGCUUUCAAUGUAGAUUCUGUGAAUGUAGGGCAAACAAAGCACCCUCUCAAAACCAGAAUAGUGAAACAUCAAAAAAUCAUUUGCACUAACAAUCUAAAUUAUUCGUGGCGCGUAAUUAUGAUCAGGCAGCUCAGUGGACAAAUCAGUCUCACAAACCUUUGGCUUUGAAAAAUCCUCCCAUAACCUAGAGGCAGGGAUUUUUAUACUUUUGAAUUGAAGCCCAUUACCGUCAAGUCUUCUGAUCUAAAUGAAGAAAUGAACUUGUCUUGUUUAGAUGCUAUGGUUAGUGUCCUGCAUGUGAUCCUUUUUUACUUUAUGCAGGGUUCCGACGCAAGUAUGGAAAGUAUGGAAAUAAAUGUGAUCAAUUUCCAGGUCUUAAAAAGUUUUGAAAAUUAAAAAAUAAAGUAUGGAAAAAUAUUUAUGUUUCCAGACUAUUACCAAAGUUCUAACACACUGUUUUCUAAAAUAGAAAAGUAGCUAUUUCCCAAAAUAAUUCUAAAAAAAAUAGGGUAUGAAAAAGUAUGCAAACGCCACCUGUGUAGGAACCCUGUAUAUGAUUGAUGGUGUAUAUUGUAGAAUCAAUUAAAUGGCUUGAAUGAAUGAUGUGUCAAAUACGCCCACCCAGGAAAGACCAUCAAUUAGUCAAUUAGCGAGCGGACUACUUCAAGUUGUCAUUCUUGAUUUAUUGUGUUUAAUCAGAGGGAGACACCUGGAGUGUCAUAGUACUAGUAUGUUAUAUAUAUUCACAUUGCGGUGUUGAGCUUGAAGGUUUUUCUCCCUUUUCUGUGAUUUAUGAUCAUUUUGGCAGCCCAGAAGGAGUGUGUGGUUUCUUACACUGGGGAAUUCUGUCUGCAGCUUUGUAUGAAGCACUGUGUGCUUUAUGUUUCACUGACGCAGCUUUCACAAAAUUAUGUUCCCGCUGGCAAUAUUUACCAAGUUCUCUGGAAAAAAAAAAUCUCAAGUAGUUUAUUGACAUGACCCGGGUUUAACGUUUUUAGUGUGUUGUUUGAUUUGUUGAGUCUCAGACUGUCAGCUGCCAACAGCUCCAGACACAAAAUACACACUGCUCUCCCGUAUUCACUGUAAUAUAGGAGAUGUCAUAUUUCCUCGACUUGUUUUGAAUUAUUUACUGUCACCUGUCUUACUUGUCUGGGGACAUUCACUCUAUUUCCCAUCUCUAUCGCUAAGCUCUCUAUUCUGUCGGCCCUCUCUGCACGUUCACUUUUUCCCAGUUUUUUUUAUCAAUCCGCUGUAAAAAAGAAAAUCUGAUAUCGGUGCAACAAUUUUGAAUUACCUGUACCCUUCAGCUACUCUGUGCACUUUGGGAACCCUUAAAGUACAGGACAGGUAGGUUUAGACCUGCCAGGACAGUGAGGGACAGGUACAUCUGCUAACCCGGUACAGUAAAGGACAGGAACCCAGAGGGAGGUGUCUCAUUAAUCUGAUGAAUUUUGCACUCAUUGACCUCAUUCUGGCCCCCUGCAGGUUCGCGGAGCUCUGGGCAGAGAGUGGGGGUCAGUGUGUCCGCUGUUGCAGCAGCUGCUGAGGCGGACAGACAGCCCCGGGGCAGUGAAGGCUCGCGUGCUGCGCUGCCUGUCAUCAUGGGUGCUGCUGGAUGUCCCCCUGAACGAAAGCGAGGACCUCGUCCAUGACUGCUUCAGUGCACUGCCUGAUCCUGAGCUGUUUGACCCCGCCGUGGACGCCAUUGUGAACGCGGUGUCACAGCCUGACUCCCAGAGGUCAGUGCGCAUGUGUGUGAUCGAUGAGGUGUGUGUGGUCUUGCUGGUGUCACAGGGUUUACUUGAAAUAAAACUGAAGGAGUGCAGGAGAAAAGAGAGGGGACACUGGAGGGCUCAGAGGGGGAGGGGGUGAUAGCAGUGUUUGUCGGUUGGCUGGUGUUGCCAUGGUAACAGAGCUGGGUAGAGAUGUCAUCAUGCUCUGGCUGAUUCAAACAUGGCGAGUACCCCCCCCCCAAACAGAGAGGAAGGGGGGAGGCAGGGAGGAGGAGGUGUGAACCUCUGCACUGCUCACAGUCACACACACUGACGUCAUGUUCGGAGGAAGAGGAGGAGGAUGAAGAGGAGGCACAGACAGAACAGAGCGCUGCAGCAGAGUCUGAUCAAAUCCCUGCUUUAGUCUGUGUCUCUGAUCAUCUACAGAUACUACUUUAUCUUUACUUCAACUCUGUCUGCCCCCCGCCUCCCUCUCUCUAAUUUAAGGGGAUGCUAUUGGUCCAGCUGCAUCCUGUUGCCAAGCAACCCAUUCCCCCUGUCUCCCGGUGUUGCAGUAAUUGCAGAGGGGAUCAGGGAUUCAGGAGGGGGAGGUGGGGUUAAAGAGGAGACAGUAAGCAGGGAGAAGGUGUUUAGAAGGAGAGGAGGGGAAUGUCCACAGCGCUCUCUCCUAUUAGUAACACACACACAAACACACACGAACACACAAGCACACAUUUUUUAACAUACAGAUGGAAUUACAGACACACACACAUACACAGACACACUCAGUAAGUCCUCGUCAGCAGAGUGCAUGACCUGCAUCUGCAAAGCUGUGUUUAAAUAAUUAUGAACUGCUGAGUGCAGUGUGCCACUCCGCCCCACACACACACACACACACACACACUCAGUCAGACAGUCAGUCUUUCCCACACGGAAACAGAGGAAAGUGAAUCUAUUCAUUGCUGCGUCUCAAAUUCAUCUCCAUUCUUCAUCUGUGAUUGGUUGAUGUGAAGAAAGACAGAGACUGAGACCGUCGUCGUAAAUUUGAUUUGAAGCACAUUUUUGACCAAAUCUGGUUGAAGUCAGAAAAUCACUGCUCUACAAUAUUCAGAGAACCUCAUCCUCAUGAGAUCCAAACGCCUUCCUGAUGAACUCUGACUGUCCUUCUAGACCCUCACUUUCCUCCUGAAACCUUUCAUUCACAUAGACCCUGACCAUCACACUGAACCCCUACUGUCUUCAUUUUCCUCAUAAAUCAGUACAAUUAUGCUAGACACCGCUGUCCUCUUUGGCUCCCAGCAAUAUCAAGGAAUCUUCUGUCCUCAUGUACUCCUAACCCACAUGAAACCCCCUCAUUAUGAUGCUCCACUUAUUGUUCUAAUAGACCCAUAAAUUCUACACAAACUCCCCUUUACCAGAAUGGACCACCAUGCCCUGUUAAACCCCCCACUAUUCUCAAAAGCCAUGGACUUGGACCUGAAGCAGUCUUGUGGACCCUGUCUGUUUUCAGAAAUCACUGUUGGGGUUCCAGUUUGGCUUGGAGGUGGAGUUAUGCGCUCCAUGUCUCUUGAUGAUUCCUGCUCCAUCCACUCUCCUGUCCUCUCUGAAUGACCGUAUAAAAGCUUCUUUAGUAACAGCUGUCCAGAGCAACUCUGAGGGUCCUCAUGCAUCCUACUGUUCUGUGGACCCUGACAUUGCUCAUCCUCACCCCUUGUAGGAAUGGACCCCCAAUCUCCUCAUGAAUCCAGACCCCUGUUGCUCCUACAAACCCCUGUUCUCAUUGACAGUUGUCUUCAUGGACCUCCACCGUUCCCCAUGGAUCUCAUUCAUUAUGGGUGAUAAUGUUGUUCUCAUGGACCCUUACUGACCUUGUAGUCCCCAAAUUGCUUACCACCCCAGUAUUCAUGGACCUUGAUCAACCUGAUGGAUCCCCAGUCUUUUCAUGAAUCUUCCUCAAAGAUGUGCUUCCAUUUACAGGAGAUGAUAGUGGUACUGGCCUCAUGCGGGUAUGAUGACGAUUUUUGCCAGUAAUCCAGAUUAAUCUGUUGACCAAUUAAUCGCUCCAUCACUGUUUUAGACCUGUUAUUAUCUCCUCCUCAUUGAGCCCACUGCUCUGUAGAACCUCAAUGACAGUUGUCCUCAUGGACCCUGCUUCUACAAAAGUGGGCCACUCUUCCCAUAGACUCCCACUUUCUCAUGGACCCUUACAAUUCUAAUGGAUCCCUUUUAUUGUUGGUGACCCUGAAGUUCUCCAGACCCACAAGUCCCAAAAUUGCUUUUCUCCCUUGUAUUUAUCAUUUUGUGGGACCAUCACUGUCCUCAUGGGUCCAAAUUCCCCUGUAAGUGUCCUCAUAAACAUGGACAGUCCUGAUUAAUUAACUCUGUUCUUAAACUCACUGCACUCAGUAACAAUUGUCCAUCUGGAAACCAGGUUCUUCACAAACCUUUGUCCUCCGUAUGAGCUGAACUGUGUUUCUGGGCCCUUCUGUAUGAAAAGGACAGCACUAUUGUCUGAGACUCCACUGUUCUCUCUAGCCACCUCCAUCAUGGACCACCGUACAACUGGACCCAAAAUCCUCACCAACCCUCUCUGUCCUCACUGAGCCACACGCUCAUAAUGGACCCCGCAGUUUAAUGGUCCCCCUACUGUCUUUUAGAAGUGUUUUCUGUGUGUUUGUGUGUGUGUGUGUGUGUGUGUGUGUGUGUGUGUGUGUGUGUGUGUGUGUGUGUGUGUGUGUGUGUGUGUGUGUGCUUGGAUGAGUGUGUAUGUUUUAGUCAGGGGGUGUAAUGGCUGAGGCAGCAGGAUGAGACAGAAUAAAAUCUGACAGCAGCUUCAGCACAUUUUCUGAUGGAUGAGUGUUUGUCAGUUCUUUUUAAUUUUUUGGAGGUUGUUUAUUCGGGGGGAGGGGAAAGUGUUUUAUAAGGUUUUCAUGCUUUUGAGAGUUUUGUGGUUUGUUUGUUUUUUUCAGGGGGUGUUAUUCUGGAUCUGAGGUUUGACUGUGAUUUGUACAUGAUUAUAAAUAAACAGAUGAAGCAGUCAGUGAGCUGUCAGUUUCUCCCACAGCUCUGCGCUGUACUUAUUUACAAAAGCUGAACUCUGGCUGAGCUCUCCUGCAUCUGUUUGAAGAAAUCUGAGCUCUCAGAGUUUGAAUCAUAUCAUCUAAAUAAACUGAGCUGUUUGUUCUCUCCAUUUCUUAGAUUUCCCAGGUAUACGAACACUUUGUUUUUAACACAUUUAUUCAAACUGAGCUGUUCUGUGUUUGCUCUGUGUGUCUCAGGUAUGUGAACACCUUGCUGAAGCUGGUUCCUCAGGUUCUGGCCCUGCAGGAUCAGCUCAGAGAAGCCGUUCAGAGCGGGGAUAUGGAAACCUGUCAUGGCAUAUGUCGCAUCGCCGUCACACUGGGAGAGAACCACUCCAGGUUUGUAUGUCUGUGUGUGUGUGUGUGAUUAUAGAGGCUUUGCACCUGAUGUCACCACAGGCAGGAGUCAUCCCAGUUUCAUCCACCAAGUGUCAGAAAGCACAUACUGAGCAGCAGCGCCAGUGUUGAUAAGCCUUGUGCUGUAUGAAUAAAAAAGGGCGAUGUCAAUGAGGUCUGGUGUAUUUUUGCAUUUUCAGCUGUGGGACAUACUCGAAAGAAGACUAGACCUAGACUUUGUAGCUGGAAAAGGGGCAGACUGUCAGACUUUAAACCAGUUUUGACUCUAUUAUACCCUUUCUUAAUUUUGAACUGAACUGAGAGUUAAAGGGAUAAACUGUUAGUGGAGACUAAUUUUUGAUCGAUUGUUCCCACCUCUGCUGCUUAUGUCUUUGUGUGGAGGAGAACCACACUGAGCAUGUGCAGCAGGAACACAGCCAGGAGACAGUCUGAGACUUGGUGUACGGAGGUUAAUUUUUAUUUUAGUUUGUUCAUAAAAAGGUUUAAAUUAUCCCUCCACACCUUCGUAAAUUUUCAUUUGGUUUAGGCUUGUUUCUUCCAGCUGAAGUAUUUAUAUAGAGCAUUUUCAUUCAGUUCUGACUUAUAACCUUUUAUAUUGAAAUACUAUGCAGUAUACAAAUCCAGCUCCCUUUGGCAAACCAAGACAAACAUAGUUUUCUCUAUAACGAAGUCAUGCACAGAGCAGGCACAAAACUUUAUAAGUUUACAAAAAACUUUUGAGUUGAUGUCCUUGUCACUUUCAUUUGGACAAAUCUGGCUUCUCAGUACAACCAAAUGUAGAGGCUUUUAUACUGUGUGAUAUUCCGUGUUUAUCUGCUCAGCGUUGAAAUCAGGUCUAUGUAAAUGUUAGGAAACCUAGUUUGAACCCACAUGUCUCGGUGUCUUUGGUAAACUGCAGGGGUCUCUGUGGAGUCCAGCUGCUGUUGAUUUGAGCAGAUGUUCAUCCUUUUGUUUACAUCUGUUUUCCACAUUCCUGCUACUGAAGGCAGCCAUGGUGAAGAAUGAUUUGCUGACUGUUGGAGAGGAGUUGGAGAAUCAUGUUAUUGUACACCAGUCACAGCCAAAACAAAAGAUGUUUUAAUGCAGAAGUUGUGAAGGAGCAAACUUAUUUAUUGUUGUUGUUGUUGUGUAUUGAUCAGAUCAGUCUGGUGUCAGUUCCUCUCCUAUGAUGUUACUGAAAUAAUCGCUCACCAAUCUUUCCUCUCACCUGUGUGUCUGCAGGAUUCUGCUGGAGCAGGUGGAUCACUGGCAGAGCUUUCUGGCUUUAGUCAACAUGAUCAUGUUCUGUACAGGCAUACCGGGUCACUACCCCGUCAAUGAGACCACCAGCUCACUCACGCUCACUUUCUGGUACACGUUGCAGGUAAAUGUGACCCUGUCACCUGCUCUGUUACACCUAGCCUGGCUGGGCCAUCCUGUUGCGUGAAUCACUUGCUGUUCCUUCUGGACUUCGGCCAAUUGGGAGCCUUAAAAGUGGGCAGGAAGUACUUUCCUUGAUAAACAGACUACUGUUACCAAUCACUGUAACCAAACAUCUGACGUCAUCACAGUGCGCAACUGUAUUCCCUGCUGGGCUCUCAAGCAUCAAGUAAAGGUUUGGUAAUAUUUCAACGUGUGCAAACAAACAAUGUCUUUUACGUCUUCUUCUGCGGAUAUAAACGAUUUCUGCCGACUUUGCAAAGUCAACUGCAGAAAUAACGGCGCUUUGAAAAGUCCCGCAGCAUGUGUUAGACGUCUCCAUCUACACAUGGACCAGUCAGGGGCUGCCUUUCACUGUUGUCUGGCGAACAGUGGAAACACAGUCACUGAUUGGCCCGGUUAUUUUCUGAUUUGUAAUACACGCUCCCAAUUGGCCGAAGUCCAGACUGUUGUGGGAAGGAACGGCACGUGAUUCACGCAACUGGAUGGCCCAGCCAGGCUAUGUUACACCCUAAUCUAUAUCAGUGUUACAAUACAGCAGUUUAAUUGACUUUCAAAAAUACAAAUUAAUGAUGGUGAUGAUGUUUCUGCUCUUUAGGACGAGAUCAUGUCGUUUGAGUCCGAGAAACAGGUUAUUUACCUGCAGGUGUACAGACCAGUGUAUUUCCAGCUGGUGGACGUUCUACUGCAUAAAGCUCAGUUUCCAUCAGACCACGAGUACGAGUCCUGGUCCUCCGACGAGAAGGAGCAGUUUAGGAUUUACAGGUGAGUGCAUGUGUGUGUCAUGGAGCAGUAUGACAAUAAUCCAGUGAUAGAAUGAAACAUUGGAGCAGUCUUUUCUUGGUGCUUGCCUAACUUGUGUUUGUGUUUUCAGGGUGGACAUCUCUGAUACCCUUAUGUACGUUUAUGAGAUGUUAGGAGCAGAGCUUCUGAGUAACCUGUAUGACAAACUGGGCAGACUGUUAACCAAUGAACAGCCGACUUCCUGGCAGGUAAAUCUGACCUCUAAGUGACUGAUCAGGUUGAUACAUCUAGAGCAACUUCAUCUACACUUAGUGAAACAUUUACUGUAUUUAAAACAUAAAUCCAAAGUUUAUGAUGAAUAUUUUUUUAUGGGUUAUUGUUUAAUCCGUCAUUUCAUGAUCAUCCCUUUCUAACAGCACACAGAAGCUUUAUUGUAUGGCUUCCAGUCCAUCGCAGAAACCAUUGAUGUGAAUUAUUCUGACGUCAUCCCCGGUCUGAUCGGACUCAUCCCGAGAAUCACCAUCAACAAUGUGCAGCUGGCCGACACCGUCAUGUUCACUAUAGGUCAGAAAACUCAUAAGGGCAUGAAUUAAGAGUGAAAACUGAUUCAUUUAAAGUCAAAAGGGAUCCGUUUGUGUUAAAAGAUGGACGAGAUGAUGGCUACUCAAAAAGUGGCAGAGGAGAAAGUGGAGAUCGAACUCAGUAAUGGAGAGAUGUCACACUUCCCUGUCCCUCUCCCUUAGGUGCUCUGGCUGAGUGGUUGGCCGAUCACCCGGUGAUGCUCAGCAGCGUGUUGCCUCUGGUCCUGCAGGCUUUAGGGAACCCCGAUCUGUCUGUUUCCUCUGUUUCCACACUGAAGAAGAUUUGUCGGGAGUGUAAAUACGACCUUCCUCCGUACGCCUCCAACAUAGUGGCUGUCUCACAGGUGAGUAGGCACAGGUGUAUGCUGAUUCUCAAAUACUGAAGAAUCAACAUUCUCACUUCAGAUCCAACAGUACCUGAUGAAAAAGUUGAAUAUCCGUUUAAAGAAGAGAGGAUACAAAUCAGUGAGACGAAAAAUGAAUAUUGACACCCUUCAAUAACAGAGGGCACCUUGAACUUCUCAUUAGAUGUCCUAAUGUCUCUUCAUCUGCAGCAGGAAAACAAACUGCAGUUGAGAAUAUUCUCCCAAUGUUUUUAAGGUUUCAUUUUAAUUGAUUCUGAGUCCAUCAUUUUAAAGAAAUGAAGAUAAAGAAUUAAAAAAAAAAAAACAUCAGCCUAAAAUGUCUUAUUUAUACAUGUCAGUCUUUCUUUUAGCUGUUUAUUUAUUUCUUUAUCCUUAUGAAUUUUUAUCCUUACAGAUUUUUCUUUUUUGUCUUAGAGUAAAGGUGCAUGUCUUUUACUACAGGACAGAAAUUAUUGUUGCUGAAAGGCAAAAUUAAAGCAUUCUGAAUAACUGUUUUAUUUCUUCAAGUUUAAACACAAACUGUGUCAGUUGCUGUAGUGAGAAAAUAGUGAAAAGCUAAGUCAUUGUGAGUUGUAUUGCAUUAUGAGUUGAGUGUACUGCUUCAUCCAACAUCCAGCAGCUGAAGUGUUCUAGACUUUAAUCUCCAGGAAUAACCUUCACGUGAAUAUUUUGGUUAUUAUUGGAAGAGUAAGUGAAUAUUUUUAGAUUUUCUGCUAGAAUAAAAACAUCUGUGAUCCUGUUUGUCUCUGCAGGAGGUUCUGAUCAAGCAAAUCCACAAGGUGAGUGUUUGUUUUUACACCCUGUCUGUUAGCUAAUGAUCCGUGUGUGUGUGUGCGUUAGAAUCGGUGUGCUCUUGUCUUGCAGACCAGCCAAUGUAUGUGGUUGAUGCAGGCACUCGGCUUCUUGCUCUCGGCCCUGCCUGUGGAGGAAAUCUUAAGAAACCUGCACUCCCUCAUCACACCGUACAUCCAGCAGCUGGAGAAACUGGCCGACGAGACGGUACUCACAAAAACAAACACACAUGCACACACUCACACACACAAACAUUCAUGCUUGCGCAGUUGGACUAUAGCCAAAAGGAACAGGCCCUGAGUCUGUGUGGUGUCACUGCAGAGGAACAUUUCUCUGCAGGACCAGAUUGGAUCUGACCACAGGCGACUGACUCACACACACACACACACACACACACACACACACACACACACACACACACACAUAGUGCACAUCCAUAGUUACAGUAGGUCAGUCAGUCUCUGUGCGGCUGCAGAGCUUCAUGAUGUAAAAUAAAGACUGUAAAGAUUUCUGAUAUCUAAAGAUGUGUCAUUCAUAAUCAUUGAACACUCCCAACACACACACAUAGAAAAACAGAACACAUACACACACUCUGUCCUCCUCUUGCUUCCAGUCUGGCUCUUUGAUUUUUGAGCAUUACAUCAGACUAUCAGAUCAGGAUGCGUCUGCAGCCGACAAACAGUGCCCUCUGGUGGAUAGGCCUUCAGGCUGUGUAACAUCAUGGAAGAAUGAAUAGUCAUUUUUAUAUAUUUUUCCCACAAAUACAGAUCACAAAGUCAUAAUGACUGAUUGAAAAUGUGAUCAAUUUUAUUCCUGUUUGCCGCAUCCUGCUGUCAUCUGAAUCAUUGAGGAUUCAUUCAUCUGUUUUUAGAUUUACUUGUGCAGCAAAUCAGCAUUACUAUCAUUAAAAAAACACUGUGAUUAAAUGAGUCAGAUUCACACUGAGGAUCAGUUAUGACAAAUAAUAAGAUCAUGCAUCUGCUUUCAGCCCAAUCCCUCCAAUAAACUGGCAAUCAUCCACAUCCUGGGGCUGCUGUCCAACCUAUUCACCACGCUCGACAUCAGCAAGCAGGACGACGAAUCAGCUGACGUUUCAGCCCCACCAGUCAAGACAACCCCUCCCCCACCCGGACCCAACCCAGUGAGUCUCCUCAGGAGAGGGUCAUUGAACAAACACAUUAAAGGGCAUAAUAUAAUCCCUAGUAGCAGUGACCACUCAGGUAUCAUGUUAGCAAGAAAAACACAAGAAGAGCAAAAGCAGACAGAACACAAUACACCAAAAAUCUGAGGAGGAUCUCUUUCUCUUUUUUUAAACAGACAUCUGCUAUAAGGUCAGCCUUCAGCCUGUUCUGGAUCAAACAUUUACACUGAGACACUUAUCUGAUUGAUGGAGAGUCACUUAAGUCAAUCAGAGUUUAGAUUUCCCAUCUUCCCUGAAUGCAUUUAUGGCUUUGACCUUCAUUCAACAAACUAACAUUUUAAAGGUCGUUUUCCUCUCUUCUUGAGGACAAGAAGACCUGACAAAGCUUGACUUUUUACUUUUACUAUUACAUCAUGAUAUUAGUUUUUCAACUGAAGGCCUGUUGACAGCCAGAAAAUCACAAGAAAAUGUUUUAGGUUCACACUGCUGAAGUAAGCCAAAGUGACGCCUCUGUAUGACUAAAUUAUUUACAGUGAAACUGUGAUUCACCUCAAACGGAUAAACAGGCCCUCCUUCUAUUCAAGUAAAGAACCAGAAUUGGCGUUUCAAUUCAAUUUUAAAUGCUCACUUUUUAGGUUGCUAGUUGGAGUAUAAACGAUGCAGCGCACGAGAAAAGGAUUCUUGGCUGGGAGGCGUUGUUCAUUUGUAGCUGGAUAAGAUAGAAACCGGGAUAAAAUGGGCGUCAUCCUCAGGGGCAUAAGUUAUCAUCAGACAGCAGCUAAUCUGCUCAGUAAAAGUUUGUAAUGAGGCAGCACAGCAGUUUGUUUCUAAAGACAGAAUCACCCCCCCACACACACACAUUACCUUCAGUAUAUAAAGUUUAUUCAAAACUCUGUGUGUAAUGCUGUUCUGCUGUGUUUUUAGGUGGUGGUGGUUUUGCAGCAGGUAUUCGCCCUCAUACAGAGCGUGCUCAGUAAGUGGCUCAACGACUCGCAGGUUGUGGAGGUGAGUCAUCGCUAUGGGGUCACAUCCAGUAAGACUUCUUAGAAACAAACCAGUCACAUGACCAGGUGUGAUGUCAUGAUAGGGUGCGAUGUCGUGAUGGGUUGUGAUUUUGUGGUGUCUCUCAGGCAGUGUGCGCGAUCUUCGAGAAGUCGGUGAAGACUCUUCUUCAUGACUUUGCUCCGAUGGUUUCUCAGCUUAGCGACAUGUUGGGUCAGAUGUACAGCACCAUCCCUCAGAGCUCCGCCCUCGACCUCACAAGACAGGUACACACACACCCACCCACUCAGAGUCUUUUACACAGACAGAAACACAAACACAUGGGCUAAGACUUUCACAGAGAGUCACAGUUUAAUUACUCGUCACAAUAAUGACACAGCAUAAUAGAAUAUUAAAGUAUAGCAGUGCUAUAAAUGAAACACACAACACAAUGAGGUGUUUUACAGUAUCACGCAGUGUGACAGAUUUCACUAUCCUGUGUUGCAGAUGGUCCACAUCUUUGCCAGUGAGACCGACCACUUCCCUCCUAUCAAGGCUCUGUUUGAGCUGGUUACCACGGUAACACUGUCCAUCUUCCAGCAAGGUAGGAGGUCCAGGGGGCACGGGCCGAAAUGUUCUUGAUCAUGUUUUAUUCACAGAGUCAUAGUCCUGAGCAGGUGCAACAGGUGAAGUUUUAUCUUUUAAAUUGAAUAUCAAACUAAUUAAGUUUACCCUGUUAUUGUGAAAAACUGCUGAGGUCAUUGACCUGAGCACAAGAGGUCAGAAGUCACUGACUAGGGAAGCUCUUGAGUGGUUCAAAUAUACAACCCUAGUCCCACAAAGUCUGGGACACUGUGUAAGAGUUGAUAAAAAUGUGAUUUGGGGGCGGGGUCUGUCACUUCCUUCAGUGGGUGACUCAGGUUGAAUUCCGACCUGCAGCUCCUUUCCCACAUGUCAGACCCUCUUCCCCAUUUCCACUGUCCCAUUCUCUCAACUUAAGGCAUAAAAUACUCAUUGAAAUAAGAAUAGAAGAUUGUGAUGGUUUGCAAGUGAUUUAAAGCUUUGAAUUUAAUUGAAAAUUUUGGACCUUGAAGUACAUUUCCCAACUAAUGAGGUUAAUUUCCAAUAGGUUAUGAAUAUAAACAUGACUGGGUAUAAAAAGGACAUUCAGAGAGGCUGAGACUCUUAGACGGAAUGAUGAUAAGAGGUUCACCACUCUGUGAGAGACUGCGUCAGCUGAUAGUUGAACAGUUUUAUUCAUGAGUGUAAAAUGUGAAAGAAUGAGUGGAUUUCAUCAUCUACUAUCAUGAAACUUAGAGCAUGAAAAGUAGUGGAAAUCACUGCAUGACAUGACAAAAUUUGAUAUGGAAACUAUGGAUGCUGCUGAACAAAAUAUACAAGUUUUUACUGAAAACCUUCAUAUUUCAGCAAGACAAUGACAAACCACAUUCUGCGGGGAUUACAACAACAUGGCUCUGUAGUAGAAAAGACCUGCUAAUAAACUGGCCUGCCUGCAGUCCUGACUUAUCACCCAUUGAAAAUAUUUGGAGCAUCAUGUCACAAAAAUAAGACAAAGGAGACCCUGAAUUGUUGAACAGCUGAAUCCUCUAUCAGGCAAGAAUGGGACAACAUUUCACUUUCCAAGCUCAAAAACCUGGUCUGCUAGGUUCACUAACAUUUACAGAGUGUUGGGAAAAGAGGAGCUGAUGAAACACAACAAGAAAUAAGACCUUGGAACUACUUUUAUGAAUGAAGCUGAUGGCAUCAAGUUUGAAAUGAGCAGAGAUGUGUCUUGUCAGAGAUGUAUGUUGUCUUACACAAUUUUAGAUAUAGUAAAUUAUUUUAAAUUAAAUUAAAUUUGCAAACCAUCAAAUUCUAUUUUUAAUUUUUUUUUUUUUUUAAUUAAUUUUCUUUUUUAACAACAUUUUACACAGUGUCCUAACUUUUCAAUUUGAGGGUUGUAGAUUAAAUUACUUUCUAGCAAAUUUUCUGUGUUUUAAAUGUCUGUAAUUGUUUUCUUUAUUAGUUGAGCUCUUCAUUGAAUUCAAGUUUUUGUAUUUAUUGUUUCAGAGUUCAGGAAAAGGUUUUUACUUUUUUAGGUUAAGUUUAAAUCAGAGGGUCUUUAGUCCACAUAAACUGAUGGAACGAUUUGAUCCAGAACACCAAGUCAGGGUCCUCGUUGCAGCUCGAAUCCCCUCCCUCCCCUUCCUCCCUUUAUGUUGUCGCCCCCCUUCCUUGCUUUGUCUGGUUCAGUGAUGGCUGCUUCUCCUCCUCUAAACUCUUUUUAUUUUCUGAGCAGGUGUCUUUAACUACACAAUGUCAGGGUUAUUCAAGGUCACAGUCAGCCCUCUGAGCAUGCUCUGUGUCCUCACUGGGGGGGGGGGGGUUCUGAGAAGGAAACUUGUUUGGAGUGUGGGAACAGUAAAGCUGGGCACUUACUACAGAUUUCUAUUUUUGUUUUCAUGACCAUAUUCUGUGGUAAAAACCAUGAAGAGACAGAAAUGAAGUGUGAAGUCAGGAGUUUUGUCUGAUUCACUUUUGAAAGUUCUGUAGUUUGAGUCCAGCAUUAGGGAGGUCCUGAUCCUGGUCCUUUUCAUACUGAAGGCUGUGGGUUCAUAUUUGAAGCAAGGGACAUCCAAGCUGUAUUCACACAUGUACAAAACUCCCAAAAACUUCCUGAAAUUUUCCAGGCCAGCUGCAUGUGUGAACGCGAAAAGACAAAGUUAUUAUCUUGACUAUUCCCAGACUUUUACUUUCUAAAAUUCCCAUGUGAAUUCAUGGUGAGUCAAUAUGGGAAAGCAGGUAAAUUUGGGGAAUUUCUCUCUCAUGGGAUGGAUGGAAACCUAGAAAUGCAACAUGUGACAGGAUGACUAUAAAACACCAGAGGCUGAAGAAGGAGAGCGAUGAACAUUUCAGCUUAUUUGUCUGUUUACAUUGUAAUGUAAAGGUCUCUGUUGCUUAGGUUUUCAUCAUGUCGUUAACAUUACAUGAUUUUAAUCUCAUCUCCUGCCUCCCUUGAGUCGUGCCCUGACCCACCAGCCCCUCGUCUAACUAGGAAGAUGUCAAGCCAUGAAGGACACGUGCAAACUUUGAUUAUUUGGUGGCAGAACUCCUGAAAAUUUCUGGAAACUUUAGGAGUGCAUGUGUGAAAAAGGCUUCAGAAAGCAGCUCUGAUUGGACCCCUGAAGGACCACCCUUAAGAGGCAUGCGUGGUGCCUUGAGAUGAUGAGGUCCGAGGGGUUCAUUCAGGUCUGUGGGGUACCGUGCAGGUCUGGGGGUCCCUUUCCCUCCAUAGCGUCACAGUAACAGAGGUGCCUCCUGGGUUCCCACUCCAAACCCACUUUUCUUUGUUUAGGUUUGUUCUUUUUCUCUCGUUACUUCUUUCUUUGUUUCUCUCCAGACGGACUCAUGUCUUUGUCUUCUGCCUGUUUUCUUUUGGUUGGUCUGUUUCUUCCAAGACUCUGCCAAAGCUUCAUAUGCCCCCCCCCUCCUGCCCUUCCCCCCUUCGUUCCUUACUCACGUGUGAAUUAUUUCAAUGAAAUAUUUUUGAGUUCUCUUUUAUUUCCACAUGACUGUUGAAUCUGUUCAGUUGCUGUUUGUAUAUUAUUCUUCUUCUCUUAUGAUUUCUUAAGUUUCAUCUUUAUUAUAUUUUAGGACCCAGGGAUCAUCCUGAUAUUGUUGAUUCAUUUAUGCAACUCCAAGCUCAGGUGUGUUUUUGUUUCUUAUUUCAUUCACUUUGGGUUUCUCUCUCUCUCUUUCUUCCUUUCUCUGUCCUGUCCUCCCUCUUCUUCCUCUUGUUCUGAGUUACUGACGGGCGAGGCGGUGGAAUGAAACAUGAGGAGAGUGUUUGAAACAGAGUCGAGUCAAACACUUUGGAUCUAACAGUCACCUCACCACGAUGGUUUUAGAACAUCUUAUUUUCCGUACGACAUACACCAUGCUAUGUGGAAAUAUAACUCUACCUAAUAAGACAGCUAGAAGUUGGUACAAUGAGUGACAAAUCAAAUCAGUGAGAGGAAAAAUAAAAAUCAUUAUUUUUUAACAGCAGAGGGCACUCUCUGCCUUAGACUUCUCCUGUUGGAUGUCAUUAUUUCUUUUCCCUGUCUGUAGCGUAAUAGAAGCAGAAAGCCUAGUGGUUGACAAAUAUAAGUUUUUCAUUGGCAGGUUAUUAAUGAGGAGAUCAGCAAAUGGCGAAUAUACAGUUUGAAAUUUUUUUUAAGAUUCAUACAUUUAUUUAUUUGCCCAACCCACAUGUGCUGACUUGUUACUGAGUUCAUACAAUUCAGGGUCAGAGCAGAUAAUAGAUCAGUAUCAAGACGAAAAACGCACUGAUACAGAAAUAUUCACUCAUUAAAGAGCCAGGGUUUUGAGACAAAAUCAACAGCUGGAACACAUCAAAUUGAAACAGCCAAUUAAGUUUUCGCUCAUCUGGCCAAAAGAUUAUUUCAGGUUUUUGGUGAGCAACUUGAUAGAAUGAAAACUUUCUCCAGGCAUCAUAAUCUGCACAGUGUAAAAGGAGACUCAUCCUUGAGAUGCAGAAAAACAUGUUAUUUAGGAGGAUGUCAACUUUGCACAACAGCAACAGGGGCUGCCUGCAGUGUCUGCAGACAAAAUUGCCCGGAUUGAUUGACCUGAAUGAUUAAUUGAUCUGUCUGCCGUACAAAUAUGGAGAAAGCAGGGGUAAAUUUUGCAGUUAAGGAUGCACUCCCAGUGUUUUCCACACAGACAGCACCUUAACAGCCCAACAAAGGAGAUCAGAUCAGGGUAGACACUAAGCUUACACUUAGAGCUGCUGAGGUGCAACAUAGACAAGCUAGUUAGUGACAUGCUGCUUCCAGUAAUUUUGUGAAAAUAUGACAGUGGAAUAUCUUUCUUUAGGUAGACAUUUGAGCUUUAUUUGUCAUCAAUUCUCAUCAAUCAUUUUCUUACAGUUUAAUUCCUCCUAUAACUCUACCAAUGAGUAGUACAUUUUAUGUCCUUUCAGAAUAAAACCCCCCUCUCUUAUCAAAGAAAAGGGGGCAAAAUAAAAGCACCACAGAUAAUACUUUCAUGGGACAGUAACUUCUGUAAAGCUUCAACAUUAACUGUGUGCUUCAAAUUCCUAUAUCAUCUUCAUUAAUGUUCAGUUAUGCUGCUAUCACUGCAGCGUCCCUGCAUUCCUCUUUGCCAACUCUAAUGCAGCCUCAUCUGUUGGCAUUGCUCCCAGCUGUUUGAGCUGUAGAGAAGCUGACAGAGAAAAGCACUCAGCAAUAAAUCAAGUCUGAGCAGAACAGUAAACACUCUGAGAGGAACUCUGAGGUUCAAACUGAGAGUUCUGGAUGUAACUGUGAGACCAUAACCUCUAGGUGAGCAGGUGAGCCAGGCUCAGAAUCAAAUCAUCAGUCGAACCUUGACAGGUUACAUAAGAAGUGAUAAAAAUAGACUAAUAUUGUGAGUUUUUAAUUGUUCCUAGAGCUGCUCAGAUAGCGUUUUGGUUCCUCUACACUUAUUUAAAAAGAUUUGAAGGCACUUAACUGAAAGCAAACCAAACAGUACUGACAAUUGUCUUUAUUAUGAUUCUUAUCGUCUGAAGCCACAUAACUAACUGUAUUCGGACAAUAAGCAGCCUUUCUUUACAUUUUCAGGAAGUAUUCACAUGUGUAUAUGAUAAAUGAAAACAGGAUGGAAUUAUUUUCAGGAAAUACCACCUCGGCAUGUUCAGGUGCACAUCUUCCCCGCAGGGGGCACCAAAAUCAACACAGACUGAAAGAUUGAAAGAAAUCUUCUUUUUCCACUUGCAGAUUUAUUUACUCAUUGUAAGCAAUUUGGGGCGUAUUUUUGGCAUCUAAGACCUUUUCCUGGACUUGUCAGACAAAUGUAGCUUGAUUUCAGCCUUAUCUGACACUGCAUGUUCCUCCACUCGUAUAUAGUAAAGAAUUGUAACCCAGACUGAACCAGCAGUGUCUAGGUUGAAAAGUUACUGAUGGUGUGCGAUGCCAUGUGUGGCUCUUUCUGCUGCCAGAUGAAUGAGCUGGCAGACCAUCUGCCAUUUUUUGAUGUUGCUGUCACUCAAUGACACGGAAAUACUGUAAAAACUCAACCAGUUUUGUUGGACCUAUUGCCUCUCAUGUUUCCACACUGUGACAGCAGUAUUACACUGUUAAGGGCUCAUUAGUUAAUGUUUAUUUAACCAGCAUAGUCCCAUUGAGAGUAAAAAUCUCUUUGUCCUGGUUAAGACAGCAGAAGAAACACAAAGUUAAGGACAGACUCCCACAGGAAACCACUGUUGCAUUAAAAUUAAUGAUAAAAAUAAAAAAACAGGUGUGUAACCAGGUAAUGACAGGAUGACAUUCUGAGAAUCUUCUCCAAAUUAUUUCAGCGAAGGUUAAAAAAAAAUAUUUAUCGACCUCAGCUCCUUGAGUUUCAAGUUGUUCUGUAAUAAAUCCUCAGCUGAGGGUCUAGAAAACUCAAAAGCCCUUUUACCAAUGUCUGUUUGAGCCUUUGGACAGAGAGAAUAAUAAAUUUUCUGUGGGAUAAAAUUACAAAGAAUGUGUGGUAGCAGGUCAAGGAUUGCCUUGUAGAUGAAGGUAUACUGAUGUGUUAGUCUACAGAUAUUCAGAGAUGGCCAUCCUGCCCAGGAUUAUAACUCACAAUGGUGAAAGAGCUAAACAAUUUGCUGUGAAGCUCAGGUACACAUGAUAAGCAGCGUCCAUCAUAUGAAAUGACUGAGCAGGGUCGUGCAGAAACAAGAGAUCACCAUAGGUGAGUAAGGGAAAAAGUUGCAGCAGUUAGGUUUUUUCACCAGGUAGGGGACAUGUUUGUUAAAAUUUGAUGAGUCAUCAAUCAGAAUGCAAGGUUUCCUCAAGAGUUUAUAACCUCCAUCUCUCUCCCAUCUGCAGUGACCAAAAAAAGUACAAUUACUCAUCUAACCUUUCAGUUGGUUAACAUAAUAAGCUUAUGUUUCUCUGCAACAUGUUUUAGAUCAAGCAGUUUAUUCUGAACAAUUUCAAAUGCUUCUGUAUGUGUGUAACGGCCUGUAUAAGAGCUGCUGCACAACAGUUUAAUACUGUUUCAUCUGCAUAAACAUGGAGCACGGCAUCAGACACAAAUGGACCCAGGUUAUUCACAUAACUAGUAAACUAAAGGAGGACCUAAAACAUAGCCCUGAGGCCCACCCACAUAGAUGGUUAUAAUAUCAGAGCAUAUAUUGUCUAUGUGUUAUGCAGGGAUCACUUAGAUAACUUGAAAACCUAGCAACUGCAUCUUCAGAGAGUCUAACUAUAGCGGUAUAAUUAGGUACAAUGUAUAAAAGGCUCCUCUGUAGGUCUGGUAGUCAGAUGAUGUAACACCACGUGGUCACAGGUGACUGAUUAGUCCUCCCCUGACGUCAUCCCAGCCCAGAGCCAAUCAGAGCCCAAAUGAAUUAAUAUUCAGUAAAUAUUAAUCGGUGGAGACAAAUCGGCUGAUGGCUCUUCUGUCUGAUCUUUUUGUCUUCAUUCUUCUUCCUUUGUUUUCUAUCUUUGGAUAGAUCUGACCUCCAUCUCUCUCCCUCUCUCCUCCAUCCUCGAUGAGUUCAUUCUUAUGAGAUUCUUUGUAUUUCUCUUUAUCUGCACAUGUUAUUAUUACACACUUCUGUUGCAUAUCCAAUCCAGACCAGAAACAAGGAAAAGUAAUGUUUCCAAAAGAAAACCAUCAUUACCUUCAGUUUGACCUGAGUUUGAUUUUUAAUAUCUGUUCAUUGAACCUGCUGAGCCGAGCAUCGGAGGAUCUCUGUUUGACUCUAACACAAACUGCAGUCUGGUAGGCCGAUCAGUCCUCAGAGCACUGCUGCUGUCAGAUCCACCUACCAGGCUGAGCGGGUACUCCUACUGCAGUAUCUCUUACUGUAGUAUUUUCAUGCAGUAUUUUCAUGCAGUAUCAGUUACUACAGUAUGUGUUACUGCAGUACCUGUUAAUGUAGCAGUAUCUGUCACUGUACAACCUGUUGAUGCAGUUCUUCUUACUGCAGUACAUGAAGUUUGUAAUGCAGCAGUGAACGCUUCAAGUCCCUAGAGACUUUCUGUGUUUGACGUUUCUUUCUGCUCGCAGGCCCUCAAACGAAAACCAGAUCUGUUUUUAUCUGAGAGUCUGGACGUGAAAGCUGUUUUUCACUGUGGUGAGUGCACACACAUACACACUCAUAGAGACUGUGCACAGUAUAAUAGAGUAUAAAACAUGGAUGUUCUUUGUUUAUGUUUCUGACUUUUCAGGAGUUCUGUCACUCAAGUUUCCUGAAGCUCCGACUGUCAAGUCGACGUGCCUGUUCUUUGUGAGUGUACACACACACACACAUUCACUUCUACACACACACACAUAUACACGUGCAUGCUCCUGAGGAAGUCUCUGAACUGAGCUGACUGUCUCUAUGUGUCUCUGCAGACUGAGUUGUUGCCUCACUGCUCAGAUGUUCCUCCGUUAGCUCGAGUCGUGCAGGAGGACGGGAAGCUCCUGAUCACCGCCGUGUUGGAGGUGAGAGACUCCACACACACCUGGGAUUCUUCUUCUCUUACUCUCUUAUGAUAUCAUGUCAAAGUUCACUCUGUUAUUCGAAACAAAUCACUGAUGUUUAAAGUUCCUCUUCCAGAGUCCAACUGUUGUAGUUGUCUCUCUUUCCCUGAGUAUAACUAUCCCCUCUGUCUGCAGGGCAUCGGGGGCGGGGCUUCUCGGAGUCUAAUGGAUCAGUUCGCAGAGGUGUUGUUCAGUCUGAACAAACACUGUUUCUCGCUGCUCGCUGUGUGGCUGAAGGAGGCGCUGCAGCCUGCAGGUUUCCCAUCGUCACGAGUCACAACAGAGCAGAAGGAGAACUUCUCUCAGCAGAUCCUCAGGUAACACACCUCACUUCACUUCAAUGCAGUGGCCUUUAAACAGGAUACCCCUUUUGGUAAACAGAUCAACACUUAAAUAUAUGCUGUACUAAAUGCUGAUAAAAUGGACUUUGAUGGUCUUUAAAUUAUUUGUAGCCCAUAUAUAAGUGAAAAUAGUGCAAUGGCAACAUAUCAAAUGUUGAAACUGAAAAAACGUUGCCUCCUCCCCUCAGAGAGCGCGUCAACAAGAGGAGGGUUAAGGACAUUGUGAAGGAGUUCACACUGCUGUGCAGAGGGCUCCAUGGGACUGAGUACGCUGCUGAGUACUGACACACCUGAACCACACCUCAGAGCAUCAGAGAGGAUCACAUGACCCAACUGAAACCACUUGGAACCAACCAGACCAUCAGAUCAACAGAGGCUGUCCGUUUACCUGUUUCCUUCUCUCUCUCCUCAAAGAGCAGCACUCCCAGCAUGCUGCCCUCUUCCAGAUCUGUCCGUGGUUCCUCGGCUGUUUCCUGGUGAUUAGCGUAUGAAAUGGUAGUGGUGUUGUACGUAGCUACUUGACAUAAUAUGAGACAAAUGAUUAUAUAAUGUUUAUGUAAACACGUAUAGACAGAAGGUGUUUCAGUUUUGCUGCUGAUGUGAAGGAAAGGACCAACAUGAUAUAAAUAUCAUAACAUGUCUGUGACGCUGUUCUUUUAUUAUAAUGCCUUGAGAGUGGACAAGGACUCUGUGCUCUCCUCCAGCACUCACACUGAAGGGGCGGGGCAGGGGGCAGGGUUUAUGAGGGCAGGUGGGGGGGGCCAGCAGCUGAGUGUUUGGAGGAAAAUAAUCUGUAACCGUGCAAAAAUAUUAAUCAAGUUGUGCAUAUUAACAGUUAUACACUUAAGUGUAUUUGAGUGUGCGUGUGUUCAUACCUGUGCAAGCGCGUGUGCAUGUAUGUUUGUGUGUGUGGGUGUGUGUGUGUGUGAAAGAGUGUGUCCACCUGUUCAGUGCACUUAUUAUGGACCUACCGUCACAUCCCAAACUCCCCCCUCGUUCACCUCCUCACCCCUUCUGAUCAGGUGUUCAGUCCCAUGAAUCCACCUGGAGCCACCAGCCAGUGCUGACCAUCGAUCACACUCAUUGAUUUGUUAUCAUCAUCUUCAUCACCCUCGUCCUCCACGCUCUGUCUCUCUUUAUCUCAGUCUAAUCCUUAUGUGUGACCCACGGUGCCUGCAGACAUGUAGCAUGUGUGUGUGAGUGUGUGUUAUGGAGGGAGGGGGGGUCAGACAGGGUGGCGUUCACUGAUCCUGGGUCAGUUUGAGCUCACAGAGUGUUACAGAGAGAGCUGAUAGAGAGUGGAGGGGUUGAUAUGUACAUUGUUUUUUGUACCUCUGCUUUAAUUUAUUAAAUAUAUCAAAUAUGCUGACUCAU